CGUGGUGCACGCACGACCAUGUCUUGUUUUGAGCGCUGGAGAGCCGGCCUUCUACAUGUAAAGACCUAAGGCAUGCUGGAAUGUUGACUUAUUUCUAGCGUGUACUGCCACGCUCGGUGAGAGCUAGUGGCCCGGACCUAGGGAUGGGGUGGCUUCCCAUCUUGGAGCUUCCUUUUUCGUCCGACUACUGUCUCAAGGAUUGGGGAGGGUGUACUGGAGUUUUAGGCGGGAAAUAAAAGCAUAUGGGCGCGGCGUUGGGGGUCGUGGGGUCGUGCAUCGACCAUGAUGCAUAGCGGGCGUGGACUCCAUCCCCAUCGACAUGCAUCUUCGUACCGCAAUAUUACUAAGUUGUUAGAUAGCAAUAUACGUACCAACACCACAACUCUUCGCAUCCCCCUCAGCCCCUCAAUACCCAACCUUCGUACUCUCCGACGGUCCCAAAUAGCUCGCCAUCACGCCCCCCAAAUCCACCACCAACCGAUGCACCACCGUCCCCGGCUCCAAGAUCCACAAACUCACGCUAUGCCUCCCGGCCUCCACCCUACCCAAAUCCGUCUUCACAACGCGCGCGCCGUUCACCACGCUCUCGGUCCAGCCAUUCGGCAUACUGCCCAACGUGCUGCCCGGCACGGGCGACACCGUCGUGGGCGAUGCGUCGUCCAGCGCGACCGCGUAUUUCAGCGGCGCCGAGGGGUUGACGUUGAAGGACGGCGGGAGGUAUGCGGUCAGCGAGGCCUUUUGCGCGGCGCUGAAGGCGUAGAAGGAGUAGACUGCCCUUGGGGCGGUAGCGGCGGUGAGGCUGCCCGCGGAGAUGGGGAGCAGCGUGAGGCCCGAAUCCGUGCGUCCGUAGUGCGGAAUCGCCUCGACGGUCGCUGCGCCGCUGCUGCCGGGAGUCCGGCUGGUGAAGUGCUGCAUCUCCAUCGCGACGGCGCCGUUGGACUCGACGUAGCCCUUGAAAUCGGCGGGGACGCGCGCGUUGUUCAGCGGCAGACUGAGCUUCACGGCGGCGCCGGACGCGGGCGCUAUGCUGAUAGAUGCCGUGCUUGUGCCGUUUGGCACCGCGCCCCAGUUCACGCGGACGGUGGCGCGGAUCGUCGAUGUGCCGCUGGGGUAGCUGAGCGUUCCUUGGCUGGGCGUGACGCUGAUGUAUGGGUCGGACGUGGUGAUUGUGAAGGCCACGCUGCCGGAGCCGCGGGCGUAGAUGUCGAUGGUGCGGUUCUCGGGCGUGUAGGGGUCCAUGCGCAAUAGCGUUGGUGCGGCGUCGCCGGGGGUAGAGGCCGUGCUGCCUUGGACGGAGACGCCUAUUAGGCCAGCGGAGGGCGCGGAGGUGCCGAUGGAUUGUACGGAGGGCAUGCUGUUUGAGGCGGGGUCUUGCCUGGGUUGCGGAUUAGUAAAUGGAGACACCCCCGAUUACUGAAUCUAAGUAGGCGUUUGCAUAAGA